CUAUAAUAAUAAGUGUAGUCACAUUGAAGCCACUGUUUACUAUCCUUGAGCGCGCGCGGAAUCUAUGAUGAGGUCGGCUCGGCGACGAUCGGUUCCUGCGGUGCCACAAAGUAUCGUCGAUUUGGGGAACCUUUUAUACCAACAACUCGACAGAAAAUAUGUUUGUUGUGGAAGAGACGUCUUCCAAACAGUCGUCGGGGCAAACAUAAUCUUCUGUUGUAAUGACUUUGUGGAGAAUUUAGUGCGCCGGGGCAUUUCGGAAAUUCAUGCCGACGGAACUUUUAAAGUGGUGCCCGCGUCUCCACCGUCAAUAAAACUUUUUAUAAUACACGCUAUGGUGGAAAAUCAUGCGAUACCGAUGAUGUUUGCACUCAUGGGUACGUGGUCCCAAGAGGCAUAUAAUGAAGUUGUAUGCUAUUUUAAGACCCAGGUGGCCCCUACAUUGGCACCCGAAGUCAUUAUGACCGCCUUUGAAGGCGGAACGAAGAUGCCGGAAGGGUAGUCCAAAUGGCUAUGGCACUGCCUCUCCUUCCCGCAGCCAACAUGAGGGAGGAUUUACAAGAAGUACGGCAAGAGGCGGUGAGUCACAAUUUGGCAAUGGGUGCCUUAUUCAAUUAUAUUCAACGGUACUGGUUGUGUGUCCGUCUUCAGGUUGCCCCGAAGGACUAAUAACAACAUCGAGUCCUUCCACAGUCUCCUCAAACAUUGCAUUGGCGAAUUACAUCCCAAUAUUUGGAUCUUUUGGGGAGACUAGUGGAAGUGAUGAAAGACGGCCGCCACCUUGUGUWGGAGCAAUUAACCCGGGGGCAUAAAGUCACUCGAUGGAUGAGGGUGGCGUAUGCGGCACAAGAUCGCCGCGUGAGGGAGGAGUUUGGCCGGAUCUCGUUGGUCCAGUUUCUACGCCGUAGCUCGUACGUCGUAGAAAAGUUGGACCGCAACCUACGAAAUUGGGCCAACGCACAUCCCCAGGCAGACGAGCCAGACGAUCCUCUUGCUGCCCAUCUCGGUGACCCUCCCGAGCCCCCUCACCCGGUUUUCAUUGUUGCCCCAGACGAUCCUCUCGCUGCCGCUCCAGAACCCCCGCACCCGGAACRAAUCGUCGUUGGCGCUCCAGGUAUUUCAGAUAUCGUUUCCAGUAAUUUAAUUUUUAAAUAUACGAUAACUUAUAAAACUUUGUUAAAUAAGACGACCCUUUGGCUGCCCUUCCCGAACUGCCUUUCCCGGAACCGGAGCAAUUAAUUGUAGACGCCCCAGCAAUGUUCGUCUUCAAGGAGGUUCACAAGAUACUACAGAUGCUCGUGCUGUUCAUUACGCUAUCAAGAAAAUUAUUCAGUCAGGACUAAUAACAUCUUCACCAUCUGCAAAUAUAUCGUCGGACUGUAGCUUUCUUAGUUCUGUUGGAGCCCUACAAAGUAAUUAUGAAACUUUGGCGACUCCGGAUAUCAACUUACCUGAACACAUUGGCGAAGAAAUUUUUGAGCUUCAAAAUAUUGAUAAUUGUCAUGUAUAUCCAGGAAUUACCUCAAGUUCAAUCGUAUUUUUGGCUGGAUAUCUUUGUCUCACAAUACAGGAGAGGAUUGAAUGUGAAAUCUCCUUGAACACGGUGCAAACAAGAGCAAAUUCAAACCGUUUACUAGAUUCAAGAUCAAGGUAACUUAAAAUACCCCACCAGUAAUUUUGUGGGCCUUAUAAAUAAAAUUGUGACUGUGACUUUAAAAGUCAUGCCGUAUUUACCUGUGAAGUGUAACCCCAUUAAAGUUUUAACUUCACUUUUYAACGAUUCCAUAGUUUCUUCGAAUUUCUUUGUAGGCGCAGAAGCUGAACACAGAUCAGCAAUUACAAACAUUAUUUUAGUAAAGCUUUUACGGCCAGUGUUAGCCAAUAUUGGAAAAACUCGAACUGAUAACGUAAUUGCUACAAGUUCCCUUCAUAGUAAGCCUGGCUGUAGAAAAAUUCUAAAAUUAUAAACUAAUUUCUAUUUUUGUAGUGUUUAUUUAUUACCUUCCUUCCUUCCUUCCUGUGAUUACUUUUCACCUUUGAAUAAUCUAUUUUAAAAUUUCUGAAAACGAAUGAACAGAUAAAAUGUCACUGUCAAUAUUUCGAGGUUAAACACUUUAACCUUCAAAAACUGGAUGUGUCAAAAGUUUCCCCAGUUCAAAGCGCUAACGGGAAUCACUUGAACUGUUUGUCUGUUUAGGUGAGUUACUGAUUUAACAUUAUUAGGUAUUAGAUAAGGGUUUUGUAAGAAUUAAUACUCUUCUGUAUCUUAAACAAUCAACUUCUCGUUUUUAAAAGUCUCUGCUUGUUGUUAGUUAAGUAGGAAACCUGUUUUUUUUUUGUUAUUGCAUGCAUUUUAUAGUUGUAAUAAUAUUUUUUCUUUCUGAUUUAAGGAGUAAUCCUCGCAUAGUACUUACUUCCUUUCUUUUUCUUUCUGCUUUAAGGAGUAAACCUCGCAUAGUACUUGCUUCCCAAUAUGUACCUUACCUAUGUAUUUGUGCAAUAAUUAC